AUGGUUAUUCCACAUGCUUUCUUGAACGCUGACGGCCUCUGUGCAUAUGCCGCUCACAGUACUGGCCUGGAACCACAUCUCUACUACACUCAAUUUCUUCCCAGCAGUUCUUCUACACCUUCCUGGUUGAGGAUCCAUCAUGCUGCCGUAAUCAAACACCGGAGGACUAAAUCCAAAGACUGA